CACCGCGCCACCACAUUCGCCAUUUUCCCUCCCGAGGAACAACAAACGAAGAGAAAUACCACAUUGACGAACAGCGCUCUAUCAGGCCGAAAUGGCAGUCUAAAAGUGUGCCGCUACCCAGCCGCCAACAAAACAGUGCAUCCAACCAGUGCACUGACUCACUUCCAAUUCAGAAACAUGUUGUCCUUCGUGGAAACCCUCAGCACUGCUGCAUCCGACAGCAUAAAAGAGUUGGAGACUUUCCUCUCGUCGUCGCGCACCCCGUUCGUGACCAACAACAGCCACUAUGACCAUGAUGAUGACAAACUCACAGUUUGGCCUGGAAGACAUGGAGGCCCUUCUCUGGGGUCCUUCCUCUCCCAUGGCUGACGCCAUCAGCUUCUUAACUUCACGUCCUGACCAAGAAGAACAACAGGAAGGAGGAGGACCCUCGUCGUUGGGCGACACUUCACCCGUGUCGCCUCUCACCUCCUCGUCGCUGUCCUCUUCCUCCUCUCCUCCUCCCUUUUACUCUCCUCCUCCCUCGCCGCCGGACGUCCUCCUCCAGGGGGACAAAGCUGGGAUGGAGUCCGACAUGCUCUCCCUCCCCUGGUUGGGCCAUCCUAGUCAGCUGAGACCGACCGUCUCAGAUGACAGCAAAGAGGAUAUGUUCUGUGACCUGGACUGGAUGGCUGAGAGGGUGGAUCUGAACGAGUUUGACCUGGACUCUCUGAUUGGCUCCUGCAGUCCUAGUGAAGAGCCCCCCAGCUGUCCAGCGGACCUCCUAGCCUCCCUGGAUUGCCCCAUGGAGCUCGACUCCCUCCCAAUGCCCACUCUCUCAACCCCCGUGCUCUCCAGUCUUCCCUCUGCUUCUCUUCCAAGCAUACCUCCACCGACCCCUCCCACUGUCUGCUCAGAUCCGUCAGUCAUUACAGUGGAUGAGGCUGAGUCUUACAUAGACGAACAGGAUGUCCCUUGCCUCCCCCUGUGCGUCCCAGAGCCACAACACGAGCUGGAAAUCAAAUCCGAGCCCGCUUCUCCAGACCCGCCUUCCCCUCCCAUGGUCGACUCUCCCUCCUCCCCAGCCUACACCCUGGACCUGGGCAGUGAAGUAGACGUCUCAGAGAGCGAGGUGAGUGAAGUAGACGUCUCAGAGAGGGAGGUGAAGCCAGUGGUCGUUUCUGUCGUCCCUCAGGUCCCGAGGAUCGUGCUCACCCUUUCGCCGACCCGCAUCGUCCUCGUGCUGGCUCCCAAAGAUGAAAUCGGGAUCACCACCACCACUGUAACCACCACAUCAGCGGUCGUUCAUUCCUCCCCUCCUGCCUCCACUCCAACAAAGUCCUUCAGAAGCAGACCGUACCCCGAGCCCGCAUAUAAAGCCAGUCCACCGUCUCCCAGCGCCACCAGCUUCAAAGUCAAGUCCCAGCGGGGUGCAGAUGGAGACGAACGGGCGACUUCGAAGCCACCAAAGGCGAAGAAGCUGAAGAAGAUGGAGCAGAAUAAGACGGCGGCCACACGUUACAGGCAGAAGAAGAAAACCGAGCAGGAAUGCCUUCUUGAAGAGCACACACUGCUGGAGAGGAAGAACAUGGAGCUGACGGAGAAGGCUGAAUCCAUGGCCAGGGAGAUCGAGUACCUGAAAGAGCUGAUGGACGAAGUCCGCCAUGCCAGGACCAAAAAAGAUCUCAGUGCUGACCCCUAGUGGUCGGACCUAACAAUGACAUAUGUGUGUGUAAUAGGAAGUGACAAUUGAGAAAGUGGGCUCACCAGUUUUUAUGUCUUUCAUGCAAACAAGUAUCUGUAAAGAAUGUUUUGACCACACAACAUGUCUUGGAUCCACAAUCCAGCAAAACUGAUUUAUUUUUUAAUUAUCUCACACUGGUAUUAAAUAUAGAAUACUUUUGUAAUGUUUAGAGUAGUUACAUGGAAACAGGUAUUUUCCAUUCAGUAUAUUAUCUUGAGUGUUUUUUGUAAUGUAUGUAAAUGUUUCCUACCUCUGGACCUCAGUUACCGGCCAGGUGGAUGUAUUUUAAAAAUUGUGUAUUAUAGUAUAACCGGAUCAUCUGUAUUAUGAAUCUCUUAAUAAAGAGUCUUAAAACUA